GAAUCCUUCGGAAUAAGAGGCUGUAUGUGACAUUAUGUGACAUUUGCAAAAUGAUCGAUAUUUUAUACUAGUUAUCAUACAAAUGAUAAUAAAAAAGAUGUAUUAGAUAUGUUUUUAUUAUUAUGUUCACGUCUAAAUGGUGAACAAUGUUUUUGUUGUGUCUAUUCCAAUAAUUUAUUGCACAGAGUUAAACGUUUGCUGUACAUUGUGUCGCAGUAAAAGGGGGUACAUUCUACUCCGGAGUGCUUCUAGUUUCCAAAUCCAGAGUUGACACCCCGAGGAGCGUCGCUGCUAAUUUAACAGCCCCUUAAUUAAAGAGUGGCGAAUCCGUUUAAAUCUAAUUGGACAUACAUAUACAUUUUUAUAACAACCAAAUAAUUUGAAUAACUAAACCACAACCUGUCGUUUCCAACGGGAACUAUUGAGUCAUUCUGGGCAGAACAAGCGAGGUGGGCAGAGCCAAGCAGAGCUAGCCGAGAUCCUAUUGGCGCGUUGUAGCAUUAUCUGCAUAUUUCCGUUAGUGAACGCCUACUCUGUGCAAUAAACUCAAUACGCCCUUUCGCACCUUCUAAACACAGUUAUUUAUUAAAACGUUUGCAACGGGUAAAGUCUACAAAAUUUAGUCCACUCUGUUCAUAACAUGUUUUAGUUUUGGGAACAAAAAACUGUAUUGAGAACAAAUGUUUAAUCGAUGAGAACAUUUGCAGAAUAUCGGCCAAAAUCCAUUUCGAUCCAUCUUCGACGACGGUAUUUGUGUUACAUUAUAUCUGUCCCGGCGUACAGCCGAUCUAGUAGGUAAAUGUAUCCGGGUCGUUUGAAACGCCACGCUAACAUCGUAAACUAAUCGUAGGGAUUUUAAAUAAUUAUAUUCGGUAGUGUGUUAAAUUGACGUGGUGCAAAUAAUCACUGAUUCCCUCUUACAGAAUCGGAUUUUCUGUCCAACUAGCCAUAGAUAGUUAGCUCAUUUUUUGACGAUUUGCAACUAGCAUACUGAUGGCUAAUAACGAAUGAGUUUGGGUCCUCCGCCAUGGAAAGCAUGCUGUUAUCUGUUCGCCUUAUCAAGAGAACAUGACACUCCCUGUGAUGGAAUCUUCGAACAUUAUGGCCCAUCUAGAGCAGGCGGAAUCUCACCUGGCUGAGAUAGAGCUACUCUCCAGUAUGUACCCCGGUGAAGACGAGCUGGUGAUUACUGACCAACUAGCUGUGGCUGAGCUCAGGGAGUAUGUGGAGGGAGCAACAGAUACCUAUCCUCUGUCCAGACCACACAUCCUCAUCAAACAGAAGCUGGACACUGACACUGUGAAGGGGGUGAACGUGACCAUAUCUUGCACCUACUCAUCUGACUACCCUAACGUCUUACCUGAAAUAGCUGUACGGUGUCCUGACCUCAGCCGAUCCCAGCAGGCCCAGCUUCACUCAGACAUGAACGCCUACCUCUCAGAGAGCUGCCGUGGAGAUGUCUGCGUCCUCUCUGCCGUGGAGUGGGUGAAAGACAACGUACACCUGUACCUGACCGACAAGAGCACAUCAUCAACAGCAGCCCCUGGCAAGAAAGAGUCUCGGUCUACCUGCUCAUCUCCGCAGCCCAAAGAGCAGUUCAGUCGCCUGUGGAUCUACAGCCACCACAUCUAUAAUAAGAGGAAAAGGAAGAACAUUCUGGAAUGGUCCAAGGAGCUGGAUCUGUCAGGGUUCAGUAUGCCUGGCAAGCCUGGGAUCAUCUGUGUGGAAGGCCCUCAGUCGGCCUGCGAAGACUUCUGGGCCAGGGUGAAGGUUCUAACCUGGAAAAAAAUCAUUAUUCGUCAUAGAGAGGAUGUUGCCAUGGACAGUCGGAGGGCUGAGGCCAGCGUGACAGACAACAUGGAUUCCCUCCGUAGGUUCACAGGGUUCGAGGAGGCCAUGUUUGAUCCACACGGGAACAGAGGAAACCAUAUGAACCUGGGCCAGCUCUAUCAGUACCUCAACGAGAGAGGAUGUGGAGACGUCUUUCAGCUUUACUUUGGAAUUGAAGGAAGGUAGUAUAGCUGAUAGGAUAGGUCCCAUAACUGUUGGUUGUACCCACAUGGACCAAUGGCAGGAAUCAAGUACCCACAUGAACCAAUGGCAGGACUCAAAGGAUUUGCACAUUAGAUGAUGCAUUCUCAGUAGGAGCCUAGUAUGUUUUUAUUUGUUGUUUACUGCAUACAUUACUAAACAGUUUGUUCUAAAUAGUACGAUUAGCACAGUAUGUCGUUUCAGUAAGUAGUUUGCAAGACAGAUUUUGGACACAGACAUUGUCUAUGGGGGUUAUUUUUGAAUGUUAAAGAAAUCUGCUUCAUACCAAAAUCUACAGGUUGAGCUCAAACUACAGAAUACAGACACAUGAUCCACAAAGUCCUUACGUACAGAACACAGUUGCUUCUCUGUAGAAUCCCUCUUACUGUUCUUAGCCUGAUGCUCACCAACCAACGUAGCACCACAGGAAUCAGGGACCACAGAAAUUAAGAGAGGUGCAGCUGAUCCACAGAGAGAUGAGCCCACAGCUGAUCCACACAGAGAUGAGCCCACAGAGAUGAGCCCACAGCUAAUCCACACAGAGAUGAGCCCACAGCUAAUCCACACAGCGAUGAGCCCACAGCUAAUCCACACAGCGAUGAGCCCACAGCUAAUCCACACAGCGAUGAGCCGACAGCUAAUCCACAGAGAUGAGCCCACAGCUAAUCCACACAGCGAUGAGCCCACAGCUAAUCCACACAGCGAUGAGCCCACAGCUAAUCCACACAGCGAUGAGCCCACAGCUAAUCCACACAGAGAUGAGCCCACAGCUAAUCCACACAGCGAUGAGCCCACAGCUAAUCCACACAGCGAUGAGCCCACAGCUAAUCCACACAGCGAUGAGCCCACAGCUAAUCCACACAGCGAUGAGCCCACAGCUAAUCCACACAGAGAUGAGCCCACAGUAAAGUGAGAAUGGUGGUUGGCUGGGGGGUUUACUGAACCCCUUCUCAAAUACAGGCCUUGAAGUCUAACCCCUACUGGAGUUUAACCUUCCCCUCUAAACACAGAUUCAGAACUGUGACACCAGGUAGGGGGGAAUCCCUAACUACCAGGGGGGGAAUCCCUAACUACCAGGGGGGGAAUCCCUAACUACCAGGGGGGGAAUCCCUAACCACCAGGGGGGGAAUCCCUAACCACCAGGGGGGGAAUCCCUAACUACCAGGGGGGGAUCCCUAACUACCAGGGGGGGGAAUCCCUAACCACCAGGGGGAUCCCAUUGGAUACCAUUGCUCAGAUUUGUGUACGCCUAGUUUCCACACCUCGUCUCCACCAGCCCCUAUUUUCAGAAGCGUCAGCUCCAAAUCCUUUGUCCAGGAUCACCUGAAAGGUGGGAUGGUAGUCUGAACCAUAGUAGCAGUCAAAUGGAACACACUGAAACACAAAGUGAGAAUGGUUUUACAGAUUCGUCACAAGUCUGAUCAAACUUAUUUUAUGCAUUCAAUAUAUUCUACAAGCAAAAAACUAACUCAUGUAAAAUAUAUCCAACUAUAAAUAACAAUAGGGGUGGUAAAUGACUUGAGUUAAAAAAAACUCAAUGGUGCUCAAACUCGGAUAGGGAAUUACUGUGCUAAUGGUUUGUCCCGGGAGAUGAGUAACCUUGCCUGAGAACUGAAAACGUAUGUUAGCUUCCUGAGCCAAUGUCUUGGCUUUAGCACAGUUCAUCAUGUCAAAUACAGUACAAGUUGCACCUGUAUAAUGAUUUUGUAGAUACAAACGAUGUUUGAGGAUAAAUGCAACUUGCAAGUGCAUAACGUGUGAAUAAAUACAACACUUGUAAACAUGUCAAUUGAUAUAUGAAUAAAUUCAGCAGGAAUUGCAAGCAUGCAACUACAUUUGAAAAUGAAUACAACUAAUUUACUAAACUUGCAACUGGUGAAUCUUCUGUGAAUCAAAAAUAAAUUUUGCGCUCUU